AUGUAUCUUCAAAUGAAGUCUCACCAUGACGUUUUCAAUGGGUCCAUUGCGUUCACACCUGCGACAUUCACUCUUGUUGGCAUACCAGGGCUAGAGACAGAGCACAUAUGGGUAUCCAUCCCUUUCUGCCUGAUGUACAUCAUCAUCUUCGUAGGAAAUGGCAUCAUUCUUCAUAUCAUCCAGAUUGACCCUGCUUUGCACCAACCCAUGUACUUCUUUUUGUCCAUGCUAGCCUUUGUUGAACUUGGGGUCUCUGCUUCCACAAUGUCCACUGUGCUAGGCAUUUUCCUCUGUGGAAUUUAUGAUAUCAGUUUUGGUGGUUGUCUGCUCCAGAUGUUUUCCAUGCACUCUUUUACCAUCAUGGAGUCAGGUGUCCUUCUGGCUAUGUCUGUAGACCGUUUUGUGGCCAUCUAUAGCCCACUGCGCUACACAACCAUCCUGACAAUUCCCCGCAUCAUUGGGAUGGGUGCCACCAUUGCCUUUCGAAGUGUGGUGCUCAUGUUCCCACUGCCCUUCCUCCUGAAGGGCCUGCCUUUCUGUGGCCACAAUGCCCUCACACACUCUUACUGUCUCCAUUCAGAUCUAAUCAAAUUGCCCUGUGGAGACACCCGCCCCAAUAACAUCCUUGGUCUGUUUAUCAUUACCUCCACAUUUGGUCUGGACUCAUUGUUCAUUGUGGUUUCUUAUGUGUUGAUUCUUCACACAGUACUGGGAAUAGCUUCUGGGACUGGGCAGUGGAGGGCACUCAACACGUGUGUGUCACACAUCUGUGCUGUUAUUGUGUACUAUGUGCCCAUGAUCAGCCUCUCCUUGCUUCAUCGUUUUGGGCAGCACUUACCUCCACUCCUCCAUACUGUCCUGGCCAAUGCCUACCUCUUCUUCCCACCUGUCGUCAGCCCCAUUGUCUAUAGUAUGAAAACCAAGGAAACCAAGGAAAUUCGCAAUAGCAUUGCUCGAACACUGCCUAGAAAGAGGCGUGGGGUCUAA